CAAAGAAACAAUUCAAUAAUCAUUAUUAUUAUUAUAUAACAUCACAAAUUAUGGGCAGAAUCUCAAACUUUGUCACUAUAUGUACGUCGAGGGUAAUACCGUCUUUUCCCCCACCCAACUACUCGUACUUUUUGUUAAAUAAAUAAUAUAAAUAUAAUACAUCGAAUAUAAUAAAUUAUUUCGAGAAAUAUUAACUUAAAUAUAAUAAUCGUACACGGGUGCAGGAAAAUCUUUUGCAAGGAAUUCGCAGUUAAAAAUUCCAGACUUCUUCGAAGAAGAUCUGAAGGCUGAAUUUUAGAGAGAGAAAUCAACCUUUUUUUUUUUUAUUUUUUUUUAUUUUAACAACAAAUAAGAAUGAUGAUAGAAUAGAAUUGAAUCCGAGUAAUGAUGUUUGUUGCUCCUGAUUUUCUUUUUUAAUUUAAAAUAUUAUAUAUAUAUUUCCAUUAAAAAGUGGCGUGAUUUCUGAAAAAAAAAAAAAAAGAAAUUCGUCAAAUGAUCAUAAUCACGCGCAUGUGUGUUGAGUUGGUGUAGUAUUGAAGUCGAAAUCUGGAGUAUAAUUAUCGUAUUAAGUACAGUGUGUGCGUGUUUAUAAAGUAUUCGGAUAAUCGAUGCCGGUGAAUCGUAAAUUCCAGAGGAAUGCUUCAGCGAUCGAUUCAGUUGAAGAGAUGAUGAGAAGGGUGAAGGUAGAAGGAAAUGAUGAAAAUGGUGAAGUGGGGGAUGAACCGGUUGUGUACCCGGAUCGACCCGGUGAACCAGAUUGCAUAUAUUAUUUGAGAACAGGGGCUUGUGGUUAUGGAAGCAAUUGCCGUUUCAAUCACCCCUUCAAUAAUGCAGGAGGACAAGUGUACGGUGUUAAAAACACCACCAUUGAACUACCGGAAAGAGCUGGACAACCAGAUUGUGGGUAUUAUCUGAAGACAGGCACUUGCAAAUAUGGAUCUACAUGUAAAUAUCAUCACCCCAAGGAAAGGCAGGCUGAUGUUUUGACGAAUAUGUUGGGCCUACCAAUGCGUCAGGAUUCAAGGGCAUGUCCGUAUUAUAUGAGGACUGGAAUAUGUAAAUAUGGAUAUGCGUGCAAGUUUCAUCACCCUCAACCCGCGUUAGCUCCAAAUGUCUUACCUGCUGUUGUUGGAACUGUCUAUGGUGCAUCUGCAUCGUCAGCUGUGCCUUCGUCUGCUGUGCCUCAACUUUCAGCAAAGGCGACUUAUUUCCCUACUUCUCUUCAACUUCCGCAAAGCUACAUGCCCUUAUUUAUAUCUCAGUCGCAAGGAUGGAAUGCAUACGCGGGAGGCAUGAAUCAUUUAUCUAACGGAAUGAUGUCAGCGUCGUAUCUGCCUGAAAGACCGGAUCAACCAGAAUGCCGUUAUUUUAUGAACCAUGGGAGUUGUAAAUAUGGACCCGACUGCAAAUAUCACCACCCGAGAGAGAAAUUAGCAUCCAUUUCUUUUGGCCCUCUUGGCCUUCCUUUAAGACCUGGACAAGCUAUAUGUUCACACUACAAUCUUUACGGGAUUUGCAAAUACGGGCCCACAUGUAGAUUCGAUCACCCGAUGGAUGGAGGAUACCAUCCGUAUGCAUAUAGUAUGAGUCUCCCUCCUUUGGCGAAUGCUUAUAUCCCUAAUAUUAAUAAUACUCCCAAUAUUCAGAGAAUUUUGCCAAUAAACGAGACUACAUCUUCGAAUUUGAGUGAGUGGAUUAACAAUGGAGCAGCUACUGCAAGUAACAACAAGAAUCGUACAAAAAGCAUUGAAGGAGAUCCUUCUGAUUCUCUUCCUUAUUCUUCUAAAGCAUCUUCCGAGGUAAUUCACAACGAAUCCGAUUGACAAACAGAGUGAAUCGAGGCAUUGCUUUAUUUUUGCCUUUUCUUUUUUUUUUUUUUUUUUUUUUUCUUUUUCCUCCCUUACAUACACAUCAUGUCUUUUGAGGUGAAUGUACUGUCAAAUCGAAUUGAAGUUAAUUUAUUUUAUCGGGAAGGAUUUUUUUUUUUUUUUUUUUCGUUUGUUCGCUUGGUUUCGGGGAAUGAGGUGAGAAUGAGAAGGAUUGAGAGGAAAUGCUGUUUUGUAUGUGUGUUUUUAUUUUACAAAGAAUUGUUACUGAAUAUUCUGAUUUUGUUUUCCAGUUCAGUAUAACAAUUAA